CUCCUUGGUUAACCUGCCCCUGCUCUCCUCCUCCCCAUUGUUCCUCCCUCUUCCUUCCUCCUUCCUCCUGCGUCUUUCCUUCCUCCUGCUACUUGCUUCUUGCGCUUCCCUCUAGCUCGGAGUCCUCCUUGUAUCUUGUAGUCACCUCCUUUGCUGCAAUUGAGUUCAACCUUCGCUCUUCUCGAUCCUGCCCUCCUUCAGUCUCCCAUUCAAGUUCUCGAACGAAAGCACAGGCUCAUUCAAACGACAUUGACCGAGAGGACUAGUUGAGAGUCCGUCGUUUGUGAAACAGAUCCAAUCCUCUCAUCGCAGAAUCUUGAUUUCUGCGGACUUUUGAUGUACAUCAUCGAAAGUCAAACUACCAACAGGAAAAGAACCUGGAGUUGGGCGCAGCAGGAUACCGAUGCUGCGUGGACUGUAGGGAGUGGAGCCUCAUCACAUGUUCUAGAGUUGCCCUGCAUGCCGACAGAAGACAGCGAGCCGGCGGUUUCUCUCGAUUCGUACAGCUCGAAUCACGCUACUGUUUGCGUGAGGUUCGAGAUCGAGGCAGCGGAGGAGGAGACUGAGCGCAGUGUGAACUUCUCCUCCAGCGACUCGAGUGACAGCCUCAAGAGCCAACUUGCAAAGCUUGAUACCAUCUCUUCUUACAUCAAGCACAACAGCACGGUUAUGCAGAAAGUUGUAUAUGACAAAAAGCGCAGAAUAUGUAUGCAAGAAGCGGGAUGGGAGGACGACUCCUGUUUCAGUGUAGGGCCUGGCUGUCCCCUAUGAUGAGUUACUUCAUGUUUGUUGUAUAUAAAGCCAUCAUGUAGAU